UGACAUUUGCCUCGAGUAGAAAAGGGGACGCACACGUACAUUUCUAGGUGCUCAGGCCCAGGCCUAGGCCUAGUCCGUCUCACACCAUCCUUCAGCUGAGACACCUCUGACAAGUGUCGUCAUGUUGGGACGACAGAAGCAGCCCAAGGCUGAGGACACAGCAGGCAAGACGCCCAGGUCUCAGUCUCCGACUGAUUACAGAUCAGUUGCGGACGCCGCCGCCAACAUACCCAACCCCAUGUACCCCUCCCGAACAGCAGAUGGCCAUCAUGCGUCUAACGAUGAGGAAACAAGCACGAAGCAGAUAUGUUGGGACUUAAGCAGGAAGAUGUUGAAGAUCGCCGGCAUCAUUGUCUUACUCCUCUCAUUCUCACUGCCAUAUUUUGCAGCCAGAGUCAGCAAACAGGUGACAGAACUCUCUUUGGUGAUGGAUAACCGGUUCAAUACAAUGGAGUUGCGACAAAGUGAACUAGAAGAACGGGCUCAAGCAAUGCCUGCACCGCCAGGAAAAAUGGGGCCCAUGGAGCCAGCCGCUCGUGGGCCUAGCGGGCCACCUGGCCCUCCUGGCCCACCAGGGAAAAGGGGGCCAGCUGGUCUACCUGGAACCCCUGGAAAGGGCAACUACCUGCCAUCCAACUGCACUGAAGUGGCAAAGAAAGGUGAAAUUAACAACAAGAUGCUGUACGUGAUUGACCCAGAUGGACCAGCACGUGGGGUCCUGCCGAUGGUUGUUCAGUGUGAUCUUGAGAAAAAAACAGCAAUUACCCUGAUUGGCCACGACAGCGAGGCCCGCACACAUGUGAAAGGGUUUGAGGAUCCAGGUGGCUACUUCAAGGAUGUGACAUACUGGAACAGCAUGGAACAAGUGAGAGCUGUGGUGAACCAGUCAAGCUCCUGCAAACAGCACAUCAAGUAUGAAUGCUUCAACUCUCACCUUUGGGACAAUCGUCUAUAUCACAAAUGGUACUCCUGGUGGGUGACUUGGGACGGUCGCAAGGCUGACUACUGGGGAGGUGCCAGUCCUGAGAGUGGGAAGUGUGCCUGUGGAGAAACGGGCAAAUGCCGUGGUUAUAAAUGCAACUGUGAUGCCAAUGAUUUGAGAUGGCGUGAGGAUUUUGGGUUCCUGGCCCACAAGGAUGACCUGCCAGUCAGCCAGCUCAGGUUCGGGGAUACCAGUGGACAUGGUGAGCUCAAAGAAGAAGGCUAUCACACCCUGGGGAAACUCAUCUGCUAUCCCUGA